CGAGGUCGCGGUGGCGGGGAACGUGGCGUGGCCGGGCCAGCGCUAGAGAGGAUGCCGUUUCCGGCGACAACCCCGGGAUCACAGCAGACCCCGCCGGCACCCAGACUCUAUGGCAUCUCCUCCCCCAUCAGCUUAGCCGCCCCCAAGGAGACAGACUGCGUACUGACCCAGAAAUUAAUUGAAACCCUGAAGCCCUUUGGGGUUUUGGAAGAGGAAGAGGAACUGCAGCGCAGGAUUUUAAUUUUGGAAAAAUUAAAUAAUCUGGUAAAGGAAUGGAUUCGAGAGAUCAGUGAAAGCAAAAGUCUCCCACCCGCUGUGAUUGAGAACGUCGGCGGCAAAAUCUUCACGUUCGGCUCCUACCGGCUAGGGGUGCACACCAAGGGCGCCGACAUCGACGCGCUGUGCGUCGCGCCGAGGCAUGUGGACCGCAGCGACUUCUUCACUUCCUUCUACGACAAGUUGAAACUACACGAGGAAGUCAAGGACUUACGGGCGGUGGAGGAGGCGUUUGUCCCCGUGAUCCGACUGUGUUUUGAUGGGAUCGAGAUUGAUAUUUUGUUUGCAAGAUUAGCACUGCAGACUAUUCCAGAAGACUUGGACCUAAGAGAUGACAGUCUGCUUAAAAAUUUAGAUAUUAGAUGCAUAAGAAGCCUUAAUGGUUGCCGGGUAACCGAUGAAAUCUUACAUCUAGUACCGAACAUUGACAACUUCCGGUUAACUCUCAGAGCUAUCAAGCUGUGGGCCAAAUGCCACAACAUCUACUCCAAUAUAUUAGGGUUCCUGGGAGGCGUUUCCUGGGCCAUGCUUGUAGCAAGAACCUGCCAGCUGUAUCCAAACGCAGUGGCAUCAACCCUUGUCCGUAAAUUUUUCUUAGUGUUUUCUGAAUGGGAGUGGCCAAAUCCAGUGCUACUGAAAGAGCCUGAAGAACAAAACCUUAAUCUGCCUGUAUGGGACCCAAGAGUGAACCCCAGCGACAGGUACCACCUGAUGCCUAUAAUCACACCGGCAUACCCACAGCAGAACUCCACCUACAACGUGUCCGUGUCCACGAGGAUGGUCAUGAUUGAGGAGUUUAAACAAGGUCUUGCUGUCACACAUGAGAUCUUGCUAAGUAAGGCAGAGUGGUCCAAACUGUUUGAAGCUCCAAGCUUCUUUCAAAAGUAUAAGCAUUAUAUUGUACUUCUAGCAAGUGCACCAACAGAAAAGCAGCGUCUAGAAUGGGUGGGCUUGGUGGAAUCAAAAAUCCGAAUCCUGGUGGGCAGCUUGGAGAAGAAUGAAUUUAUUACACUGGCUCACGUGAAUCCUCAGUCAUUUCCAGCACCCAAAGGAAAUCCUGACAAGGAAGAAUUUUCCACAAUGUGGGUGAUUGGGUUAGUAUUAAAAAAGCCAGAAAAUUCUGAAGUUCUCAGUAUCGAUCUCACCUAUGAUAUCCAGUCUUUCACAGACACAGUUUAUAGGCAAGCAAUAAAUAGUAAGAUGUUUGAGAUGGAUAUGAAAAUCGAUGCAAUGCAUUUAAGAAGAAAGGAGCUCCACCAGCUAUUACCUAAUCACGUGCUUCAGAAAAAUAAAACACAUUCAAUGGAAGAGGUCAGGCUGACAGCUUUGAAUGACAGCAGUCUUGACUCGUCUGCUGACAGUGAAAACAGCGUGUCUGUGCCUUCACCUGCAAGCACUGUGAAGAAUGGCCCAGUGACUGGCUCCUCUCAGGGCAGAAACAGUCCUGCUCUGGCUGUAAUGGCAGCAUCUGCGACCAGCGUACAGGUUACUGAAGUUACCUUGCAGCAAGGGAACCCCAGUGAGAGCCCGGGGGGUGCAAGCGAAAGCGUUCCUCAGACUGCCUCACAAGCAGCCAUUUCUCCACCUCCAAAGCCCACGAUCACUAGACUUGUUUCUUCAACACUUCUGGUAAACCAUGCCCCCAGGCCUGCAGGGGCCGCAGCCACGAACAUAGCUAACCCUAUAGUAGGCGUCUAGAGGACUGUCUCACCUCACGCAGACGGGGGACCGAGGAAGCUACGGUAGAAGAGGAGCGAUCUUGUGAAGAGACAGCACAACUCCACGAGGCGUACGCAAACAGCAGCUUCUGUUGGCCGCAGGAAACAUCCAAUAGAAACCUUUCCAAUGUCCCUGCUCUCCCUGCAAAUCCUAUUCCUGUUAACAAGACUUCAAUAAAACAGAUUGAACUGAUAAACACACCAUCAAGCUUCCAUAAAUAGUAUCUGCCAACUCGAUCUGUUGUCUUCAAAUGCUAACGGAGGAGAAUGAAGGGUGCCAACUAGAUCAGACUCCAAAGAGAUUUAGGCUGACUUGGUAACUCCCUUUGCUGGGCUAAUCUUGAUCAGAAGUCCAGGUUAGUACAUGGAGCUAGAAGUGCUGCUAUCACUGUGUAGAUUAUUAAUGUCUCAGCAACAGUUAUAUUAACUGUGUCAAAGGACUACUUCCCUUAAAGAGAAAAUGGGAGAAAAAACCUCCAGCUAUCUUUGUACCCGUGACUGACAUCUGGACUGCAUUUAUGUUUGAUGCACUGUUGAGGGAAAUUUGCCAUACAAAUUGGUAUCGAUAUCCUUAUAUUGUUGAUGCACUUUAUGUGUAUGAUUAGAAAUGAGCACUAAUUUCAGAGGUUUCAGCUUGAUGAAUUUUAGUUUUUUCCUGAAGCAUUUUCAUUGUUAAGCUCCAAAUUGGAUAUCGCUGUGCAGUGUACUGUACUUCAGACAAAGCAGGAAAGUCAAUCUAGCGAAGUUCCUGGGAGGUAGCUGUAGCCCUUUACAAUGAAAUGAUAGCUCUCACGGUAUACAUUUGACAUCAAAACAGUAGUUAGUAAUUCUUUGGUUUUGAUGGGACAUGGUCAAGAAGUAACAUUGUUUUUUCUGUAGGAUUGUUUUAUAACGCACACAAUCAGCGAUCAGACAGCAAACAAAGUCUUGGAGCCAACAGCUCCAUGUUCUGUUGUCCUUAAUCAUCUGUCUUACAACAAGAUAGCCUUGUGUCUCCCCACUGCUUUGCUUGUAUGCACACGGUAUGCUUGUAUGUUGUUUAACAGAAAAACCCAGAAUGCUAGUAUUUUCUUAACCAUGAUAUGAAAUCAAGUCUUGUGGCCAGAUGGCACAAAACAUGAAAUUUUGGUUCCAGGGCUAAUAUUUUAGUAAAACUUGACUGAAAGUAAUGCCCGUGAAACAUUAGUCUCAGAUGGCCACUUGAUCUCUACACAGAAAUUUUG